GGGCGCUGCGGAGGCGCGCCUCACGUCGAAUGACGCAGAGCGGGGGCGUGCCCGCGAUACGCUGCUGCGCAGGGGCUGCUUGUUGUUCCCGCAGAGAGGCGAGAAGAUGGCGGCCGUGUCUAGCGGAGGAGCUGCUGGGUCCGCUGCGGCCGCGAUUACGCACCCUGCCCGACCGACCCACGCAGGCAUGGGCCCCCAGAACCGGGCCCCGCCGCCCUCCGGGAUCAGCCACGCCGGUCGCACCAGCACGGCCGGCGGGUGCAUCGCCAAUCCUGGCCACACUUCUUCGGCCACCAGGCCCCCUCCGGCCCGAGUGGGCCACUACGAAAUCGAGCGGACCAUCGGCAAGGGGAAUUUCGCGGUCGUUAAACUCGCUACACACAUCAUCACUAAAGCAAAGGUGGCGAUAAAAAUAGUGGAUAAGACCCAGCUGGACGAUGAGAACCUGAAGAAGAUCUUCAGAGAGGUGCAGAUCAUGAAGCUGCUGAAGCACCCCCACAUCAUCCGCCUCUACCAGGUGAUGGAGACGGAGAAGAUGAUCUAUCUGGUAACAGAGUUUGCCAGCGGUGGGGAGAUAUUCGACCACCUGGUGGCUCAUGGCCGCAUGGCAGAAAAGGACGCCAGGAAGAAGUUCAAGCAGAUUGUGGCAGCGGUCCACUUCUGCCACUGUCGCAAUAUCGUCCACAGAGACUUGAAAGCUGAAAAUCUGUUACUGGACCACAACUUGAACAUUAAAAUUGCAGAUUUUGGCUUCAGCAACAUAUUUUCUCGAGGUCAGCUCCUGAAGACGUGGUGCGGCAGCCCUCCAUAUGCUGCUCCUGAGCUUUUUGAAGGCAAAGAGUAUGACGGACCCAAAGUAGAUAUAUGGAGCUUAGGUGUGGUGUUAUAUGUACUGGUGUGUGGUGCGUUACCUUUCGAUGGCAGCACUCUACAAAAUUUGCGAGCGCGUGUCCUCAGUGGAAAGUUCCGCAUCCCUUUCUUCAUGUCCACAGACUGUGAGUAUCUAAUUAGACACAUGUUAGUUCUGGAGCCCAGCAGACGGUUGACCAUGGAGCAAAUCUGUAAGAACAAGUGGAUGAGGCAAGGAGACCCGGACCCAGAAUUUGACAGGUUGAUCGCAGAGUGUGAGCAGGUGAAGACUGAGAGAAAGAUCGAGCUCAACGAGCAGGUGCUCAUGGCCAUGUCCGAGAUGGGCUUGGAUCGAGAGUGCACGCUUCAGUCUUUGCGGACAGAUGCUUAUGAUCACUACAGCGCCAUUUACAGUUUGCUGGCUGAACGCCUCAAGAAACACAAGACACUGCGUGUUGCCCCGCCCACACCGCGCUCUAUUAGCUAUCCUGUCAAUGCUGUACAGCAGACAGAUCCACAAGGUAAUCCUGUUAGCAUGACCGUUCCCCAUGUCCAGCUCAUCAACCCAGAGAAUCAAAUUGUUGAG